UUACAAACAGUAAUUCGAAGUGCCUAUGUGUGUAUGCAGCUAAGGCAUACGCAGUUAGAGUGUAAAAAUGGUGAGCCAACUCCAGGACCGCGAUAUAUCUGAAUCCGCAGUGUAGUGAAGGCCGAUAUACGAGGGCACAACAAUGGCAAUUGAUUGGAUUGGCUUUGGCUAUUCUGCAGCAGUGGCUUUAGGAGGCUUUCUUGGCUACAAACGGAAAGGAAGUGUGAUGUCUUUAAUUGCCGGUUUUCUCUUUGGCUUCUUAUCAUGUUAUGGGGCUUAUCGGAUAUCAAAUGAUCCAAAAGAUGUGAAACUUUCCUUGAUUGCAGCUUUCACUCUGACAGUAGUGAUGGGGAUGAGAUACAAGAGGUCCCAAAAAUUAAUGCCAGCUGGGCUUAUGGCUGGUUUAAGCUUCCUCAUGGUUUUAAGGAUUAUCUUCUUAGUGCUGUAGGUCAGCAACUUUCAAGAGCUUCCUGGAGCCACUAACAAGUCCUUUAUGUUCUUACUUCAGUGGAUGGCCAUCAACGCAUCAUUACUAUUUAUAAUCAGUGUAUCAUUCAUUAUAUGAUGUUCAUGUUGUCCUGCGAUGAACGAUAUGGUAGUUUGGAUCAAGAAACUUCAUUAAGUCCAUUGAUAGCAUAGCUACAUCGACCUGUUCCCAAGCCAGAUACUAAGAGUGAAAGCAGCACUGACAUUAGGUUUUCAUUCAAAUCCGGUUAAAACAAAGAAAGAGCAUCUUGUCAUGUAAUAACUAUAACUAGGGGUCCAUAUAUCCAUAUAGUGUACCUUGAUGCAACAGUCUUAGUCUGCCUCGACUUUGUCUCUUGUACGUUCAAUGCCUGCUGUUUUUAUUCAAGUGUUUGUAAGAACCAUUACUAAAAUCACAUUUUUAGAUUUACUGCAAUUGAGGGUCUCAUAUUUUAAAACUCGAAAUGUGUAUUAUUAAUAAAUUAGAGAAAU